UUGUGUCAGUCAGUCAGGGGCGGGUGCAUGUCAGCGCCACUACUAAGUACUGUUGCUGUUACUGAGCUAGUCAAGAAAUAUUCUGGCUGUGUUUAACAUUUCUGUGGCUUUACUCUGCGAUGCUUGGCAUUUCUUUGUAGGUUAUCUAGGCUAUUGUUUUCCGCUUUUCCAAUUAUGUAGCAGACACCAUUUUAGAUUAUGUGGAAUUUAAAAACUGAUAUGAAUUUGUAUUUGCCGAAAACGACGAGAGUGCCUCAGCGGAUUGUGGCGAGAACAGCUGGAGCGCUGUCCUGAGUGCUGAACUCAAGAACCAAGAAGUGCGGAGAUUGGGAAAGCAGUCAUUCUGUCGCGAGUAUAUGUCUUCGCAAUCGAAGUCCUGAGAUGAGUCGGAAAAGGCUGCAUUCUGUAGCUGUUUGGGGACUCUUCGCAUGGGAAAUAGCAGUUUUAUUGAGAGUCCAUACUGUCUGUCUGGUCGCAUCGAAGGAGCCGGAGGGCCCCAGGGGGAGAAGCACUCCCAUGUCACCCUCCGACUUCCUGGACAAGCUCAUGGGUCGGACCUCUGGCUACGACGCGAGAAUCAGGCCAAAUUUUAAAGGCCCUCCAGUGAAUGUAUCAUGCAACAUAUUCAUCAACAGCUUUGGUUCAAUUGCAGAAACAACAAUGGACUACAGAGUGAACAUAUUUCUGCGGCAGCAGUGGAACGACCCUCGCUUGGCCUACAGCGAGUACCCUGAUGACUCUCUGGACCUGGACCCCUCUAUGCUGGACUCCAUCUGGAAACCAGACUUGUUCUUUGCCAACGAGAAGGGUGCCCAUUUUCACGAAGUCACCACAGACAACAAGCUCUUGAGAAUAUUCAAGAACGGUAACGUCCUCUACUCUAUAAGAUUAACAUUGACGCUGUCCUGUCCCAUGAAUCUAAAAAACUUCCCUAUGGACGUGCAGACCUGUAUAAUGCAGCUUGAAAGCUUUGGGUACACGAUGAACGACUUGAUCUUUGAGUGGCAGAAGAAGGGCCCGGUGCAGGUUGCGGAAGGCCUCACUCUUCCACAGUUCAUCCUGAAGGACGAGUCUGACUUACGUUACUGCACCAAACACUACAAUACAGGGAAGUUCACGUGCAUAGAGGUGCGCUUCCACCUGGAGAGGCAGAUGGGCUACUACCUGAUCCAGAUGUACAUCCCCAGCCUGCUCAUCGUCAUCCUGUCCUGGGUCUCCUUCUGGAUCAACAUGGACGCCGCCCCCGCCCGUGUGGCCCUGGGCAUCACCACGGUGCUCACCAUGACGACCCAGAGCUCAGGUUCCAGGACAUCUCUCCCGAAGGUGUCUUAUGUGAAGGCCAUUGAUAUCUGGAUGGCUGUCUGUUUGCUGUUUGUGUUCUCCGCGCUACUGGAGUAUGCUGCCGUCAACUUCGUCUCCAGGCAACACAAGGAACUCUUAAGAUUACAUCGACGAAAAAAGAGGAAGGAGGAGGAAGUUCGUGAGAGCAGGCUGAGCUUCGCCCCCGGCGGGGCCACUGCGUGCAACGCCGGCGGAAAGGAUGGCGCCAUCCCGAAGGCCGCCAACAACGCCGCCCAGCCGGCGGCCGCCGUCGCGACCGCGCCACCGCUGUCUGCGGCCAAGACGCACGAGGAGAUGAGGAAGCUCUUCAUCGACAGGGCCAAAAAGAUUGACACCAUCUCACGGGCAGGCUUCCCGCUAGCUUUCCUGUGCUUUAACAUUUUCUACUGGGUCCUCUACAAGAUCUUGUGGUACGAGGAUGUUCACCAGCAGUGAAGGCCACCUUACGAACCAUAGAACAGGAGCGCACGCGUGGUCCUGUCCGGUCAAACUGGCUGAACCAAGAACGAACAUGUAGGUAUGUACAGAGCGCUGUUUUCCACAUCAUCCACCAUCAAAGAAGACACUAAGCUCACUAUGCAAAGCCAAAGGACACAGGUGUAGGUUGUUUUCCAAGCUCUCGGCUGUCGGACAGGAAACGGUAACCUUCGCCAAAGCUUUCCAGCUGUUCAGGGGGACAGAUACCUGAGACCCCAGGAUACUGUGGGUUACGUCAACUCUUGUGUCUUACAGCUUUACUGCCAAUGGUUUCCGUAUAUGUGAUUUUGAUACACCACUUGUAAUGACACGAUAAAGAAAACAUGUUGAUGUCUUCAUUAUAUUUCAAGCACUUUGGCUGUAUUGUUACGACAUGUAUCCUUUUCAAGAAACAAGACAGUGUGCGUUAAUGAUUUUCUCGGAAUAAAAAAACUCAGUUCUGUUCACAGAAAGCCAUAUUCCCUUCACACCUUAUGUAACUCUCCAUAAGACAAACACUCACCGCUCUCAGCCCUCAUGAAUUCAUCCGCAUCCAAUCACAAUCUUGUACAAGGGAAAUUGGUAUCUACAAUAUUUAAAAAUAUGAAUACUUUUUGCAAUGUUUAUACACAUUUUGAAUACAUUGUGGUUCCGUGCCACGAAAAGGAAAAUGGGGCCAAAUUCAAAGAGAUGUUGCAGUUUUACAUUGGAACGAGGGUUGUUUUACUUCAGAUCCAUAUGUUUCCCUACGACCAAACUUUUUGAUUGGGGCUUGCUGUCAUGUCUGCAAACGAGUCAAGGCCUGGUGCUUUUUGCAGGUGUGUUCUCCGUGCACUCUUUGAACUGUGAUGAAAUGGCAACUGAGGACUGUGAAAAUAAUAAUUACAGUAGAUCCAUACAAAUAAUAUAUGAGCAAUGCAGACAGAGGGUGGAAGGGGGAGGGUUGGUGGUUUGGAAGCUACAAGUGGAUAUUCUUUGUUUUCCCCUUUGCCUGAUAUCACACAUAGAUUGGGAAAGAUUGUUUCUCUUGCAGAUACUUGCUUAGCUUUCUCAGGCAGCUCAUAUACAUUGGCUACAACCUACUCUUUAUGAAGAUACUCUUUAAAUUUCAUGUUGCUUCUGAAUAAUAUAAUACAGCACUUCAUAGUUUCCCCAUAUAGCUUUGGUUCUGGGCUAGUGGGAUGGAUUGUAUACCCAAGGAAGUCCUGAAUAACAAUGUACAUCACUUUCAUCUUUCUGUUGUUAUUGUCUGAGCCCUCUAAAUAGAAACUGAUCUUUAAUCAAAUGAUGGUUCAGAACAAAUCGUCUCUUUAAUGAAGAGAGAGAUCAAAACAAACAUAACCCUACGUAGUAGGUUGUGAUGACUGAGUUUGGCUUGUCACAACCCACAAUGGGUGGAGCUGCCAAAUGCUGUCAUUCAUUGAUGAGUUUGAAGAAAUCAAAAAACAUGAAAUCAUUUAUUGAGUCUCUCAUAACAGGGCUUCCUUUUUAUGCAUUUUUUAAAAAUCACAAGCCCUUGACACCUUUAUCCGACAUCUACUACUGACUGGCGGCUUCAGGCUCUAACAAGAUUGUUCAUAUGUGUGCCAGGUCACGUUAAUUCCAUUCUGUUUUGAAACCUUGCCAAUCGUAUCAAAAAUCCACAACAGCUGGGUCCUAUUACUUCAUUCUGCCUGGCUUCUCAGAACAAGAAUUCUGGUUAUGCAAGUAAAACAUGUAGAGCUUACGUCAGAGUUAUAACUGCCAACUUACUUCCUGAUACCAAACUGUAUGCUUACAUGAGAAAGACACAACUAAAAACUGCAGUGCCAUCUAUAAAUGGGUGGGGCUGGAGAUUGUAUAGCUCCUGAUACAGCUGAUAGAAGAAGCUGGAAAGAAGAAAGUAUAUAUGUGAUCUAGUUUGUACAGGAUUGUACAGGAGUGGGUGAUUUUCUGUCCUGAUUAACUGCAUGGGUGAAUGGAAUUGUCUCGACCGAUAAUAGUUUACAUUUACCAAUAUUUGAAAAGAAUAAUUAAAAUAAAUAAAUAAUAAUACUGGAAUAGCCAAUUAGGGGCUAACAUUUAGUCAGGCUUUAUUUAAUAUCAUUUAUAUAGUCUUCCAUUACAUUUGUGAAUGACAUAAAUGUAUUUAUUUACAUGUGGCCAUGGAAGCACAAGGCAUCUUAGAUAUACGAAGGUCCACAAGGCUCAAAAGAGCACAAAUCUAUGUGUAUCCAACUGCAAAAAGAAGAAGAAUAAGUGGUUCCGGAACCUUCAGGGAGUCUGAGUAACGCUUCUCCUGACCCCUGGAUGACCUUUUACAUAGCCAUGCUGCUAGGGUCACAUGCCAGCCCUUUCAUGGAAUCAGCAUUUCUGUUCUGAAACAGAACAGAGCCAGUGUCCUAUACUUGAAACGACUGUCACUUUACUCACAGCAGUGUUUUAGCCUACAGCCCCUGGUAAAAAAAUAAAAAUAAAAAAAGGAUAUUGAAAUGUAAAUUACUCAUGAAGUAUUUAUUUUUAAUAUAGAGUAUAGCCGAUUCAUAUUUUUAAGUCAGAAAAGAAGUUUGUUUUAUUAAAUUCAGCUCGGAAUGUCACGUAGUCAUACUGUGUGUGAUCCUAGAUGUCCCUCAUUGACCAAUACAAGACCUCUAAUAAACUUCUCAGCCAAUAACCAAUAACCAAUAAUAAAUCUAUUCUGAAGCAAGGAAUACACUGUGUGAAUUUCAUAUGAAUUAUAUCUGAAGUGUAAACUCAAUAGCAAUGCCAUUAAAAAAAUACAUUCCUUAAUUAAAUUUACUAUUCCAGCUGAUAUGAAGUCUUCGAUGGGCUUUUGUUUUGAUGGAAUUUAAUUGUUUUAACAUUAUUUUAUGGGUUUCGAAAGCUAAUCUGGGUCUCAUAAAACUGAGAUGAGGACAGUAGUACCUUAAUAUGUCGUUUUACUCUAGAAAACUGCCAACAGCUUUCAUUUUAAAAAUUAAAAAUGAAUGACCUAAGAAACUCUUGUCGAACACCUCACUCAACCAUGCCAUGAAACAAUAAUGCACGUAUGCUGCUUGUUCUCCAUUAUAAUACAGUAGGCAACAGGUUAAAUCAUAUUGUUUUGAAACAGUACCAUUAUUGGUUGAUUCAAGAACCAGUUAUAAAGCAGUGAACUAUUUUUUUGAAAGAGAAUGUUCAUUUGGAUAUGAUGUUAAGAUCACAUUGAAAAUAUACUGUAUUGAUCAAGCAUAUCAAAAAGCAAGGAAUAAAACUGUGCCAUAUGUUUUGGUAAAACAUAUCAAUAUACUCACACAUUCCUUAAAAGAACAAAGCUUUGAUAGUUGUUAGAUUUUAAUACCACUUCUUCAUUUGAGUAUUGGACACAAUUAUACAGUGUUAAAGAUGUUUGUGUAUAAUAAUAAAAAAUAUAUAUAAAAAAUCAAUACUUUGAUGUACAUUUCUAAUGCAAGUGUAUUUAAAUUAUUUAUUUUGUACAAAAGAAAGGGUUAUUAAAUGUUAUGCAUGAAUUUAAGUCAAUUUUGAUGUCUUUUAUUUUUGAAAAAUGGUGUCAUUUUGUCCAGGUGCUCCUGUAUUCACAUGGACUGUACACAUGGUUUGCAGAAACAUGAUUUAUUUCAUGUGCAUCUGUAAAUACUUUUCAUAUACCAAAUAAAGCUCCUUAUAAAGUAAAA